UAAUAAUCUCCAAAAUCAAACCCUAUUUCAUCACAACAAAAUCACUUGACUCUUGCCACGCUUUAACUUUCUCAUUAUUGUCAGUUUGAAUGCUCCCAUUUUGCUCCUCUUCUUCUUUCGAACAGGGGAUAUACGUAUUCUUAUUUUCAGUUCUGAUCUCGUCGGAAGCUAUGUCGGUUUCCGGCAACACCUCCUCCACUGACGACGGCGUUAGUCUGCUCACCUCCAAAACGCCAAUAUUAGGACAAAAACUAUACGUCGUUAUUGCCGUCACGGUAGCAGGAGUAACAGGGGUUCUCGUACUGAUUUUCCUCUUUCUCCUUUAUAAGCAAAGCUCGAAACGACGAAACAAUAGAAUGCGCGUCGACAAGCACGGUUCGGGGAUGUUGCCUUUGUCGUCGGAAACGAAAACGAUUAACCUCGAAGUGAAAACGAACUGCUCAGAUCAAAAUGAGAAAGUCGGAAAAACGUUGAUUAGUAUGUUUGAGAUGGAUAAUGAGGAGAGAGACGAGACUGAACCGAUAAUCAAAGCUGUUGAUGGAAAAAAAUUAGAUAACGAUACUUCGGGAAGCAACGAAUCAGGUACGGCUACAGGUACGGGCACGACCGCGAGCGAAGGCGCGUCAUCUUCAGUGUCGUCGGAGAGUAUGUACAGUAUCUGCUGGGGACGGUGGUUCAAUUUGAGCGAGCUUGAAAUUGCGACGAAUAGAUUUGCGGAGGAGAACGUGAUCGGAGAAGGAGGGUACGGUAUUGUCUACAGAGGAGCUUUACCAGAUGGUUCUGCGGUGGCGGUGAAGAAUCUUCUGGACAAUCGGGGCCAGGCAGAGAAGGAAUUCAAGGUGGAGGUUGAAGCCAUUGGCAAAGUAAGGCAUAAAAACCUCGUUGGUCUAAUUGGAUUUUGCACAGAAGGUGCUAAAAGGUUGCUCGUGUACGAGUAUGUUGACAAUGGCAAUUUGGAACAAUGGUUGCAUGGAGACGUAGGACCUACUAGCCCUCUAACGUGGGACAUCCGAAUGAAGAUUGCUGUUGGGACUGCAAAAGGGAAAUAUAGUGUAUUAGCACUAAUUCCACUCGCAGACGUUUUAUUUAUAUCUGGUAUUUCGCUUAGAUUGGCAUACUUACACGAAGGAUUGGAACCAAAAGUUGUUCACCGUGAUGUUAAAUCAAGCAAUAUUCUUCUGGAUAAAAAAUGGAACGCAAGAGUGGCUGAUUUUGGACUUGCCAAGUUACUGGAAUCUGAGAAAAGCUAUGUUACUACACGAGUAAUGGGAACAUUUGGAUAUGUGUCGCCUGACUAUGCAAGCACGGGGAUGCUUAAUGAGGCAAGCGACAUCUACAGUUUUGGAGUUUGCCUAAUGGAAAUAGUUACCGGAAGGAGCCCAGUUGAUCACUCUCGGGCACCUGGAGAGAUGAACCUGGUUGACUGGUUUAGAGGAAUGGUGGCAAGUCGUCGGGGGGAGGAUUUGGUAGAUCCAAAGAUUGAGAUACAGCCUUCUCCACGAGCCUUAAAACGAGUAUUGUUAGUUUGCCUUUGUUGUACAGAUAUGGAUGCGAGUAUGCGUCCAAAGAUGGGACAUAUUGUACACAUGCUCGAGGCAGAUGAGUUCCCUUUCCGCAGAGACCCUCGGCCGCCGAGGGACACAACCACGAUCCGUCCGGAUGCAUCUGCCGCCGGUAAAGUUCCUUUACCAACGGGUAAUGAUGAAUAGCGAUGAUUCUUUGUCUACUUGAAAAAACCGUGCAUACUAGCUAGGAGGUAUACGAGUUUCCAGAUUGUCUAUUUACAGAAAUCGGCAUCGUUUUUGCGCAUGUUGUGUUAUCUUUUUCAAAGGGACGAAUUUUUGUGGUUCUUUCUUGCUAUUAAACCGAGAUACCGAUGCUACAAGUAUUUCAUAUGUAAAUAUGUUUAGUUCUUUGUCUCUUGAUACUCAGAAGCUGAUUAUUUUGUAUACUCGAACCCCAAACUAAUCGAAAAUUAGUGUAG